AUGUCGAGCGAGGCAGAAAAACUGCCUUCAAGCCAAAAUGGCUCCGAAUCAGCGACCCGUCAAGCUGAGAAGCAGGCUGAAGGCGGCAUCAAAGACUAUUUUCGCAUCUUUCAAUACGCAGACCGCUAUGACUGGCUCCUGAAUGCUAUCGCAUGUACCUUCGCCAUUGCCUCUGGCGCCGCACUUCCCUUGAUGUCCCUGGUGUUUGGCACGUUUACAACCAAAUUCAACAAUUUCGCCAGUGGCAGGUCAACACCGCAACAAUUCAGGGAUGAUGUCGACCAUUUCGUCCUUUGGUUCAUCUACCUCUUCGUUGGCAAACUCGGCGCGACCUAUAUCGCCACGGGGGCAAUCAGCGUCUCCGCGGUACGGACGACCCGUUCUUUUCGGAAGGCAUUUCUUCAAGCCACUCUGCGGCAGGAAAUCUGGCAUUUCGAUAGUCGGACCAAUGGAGCGACGGCCACUCAGGUCACCACCAAUGGAAAUCGGAUCCAGACGGGCAUUGCUGAGAAAUUGGUCUUCGUCGUCGUAGGGCUUUCCAUGUUUUUGUCUUCCUUCGUCGUGGCUUUGGCCAGGCAAUGGAAAUUGGCCUUGAUCACCAUGUCCGUCAUCCCUGCGAUUUUUCUCGCCACCGCUGUCUGCAUAGCCAUCGACGCAGUGCAGGAGGCCAGAAUCGUCCGCGUCUACUCUCGAGCAGCUGUCCUGGCUGAGGAGGUGCUGUCGUCCAUUCGAACAGUCCACGCCUUCUACGCACAGAAGAAAAUGGUCCAGGGAUACGACGCCUUCCUCCAAAAGGCCCACAAAGAAGGAAACAAGAAGUCUCCCAACUAUGGUGUCCUUUUCUCCACUCAGUAUUUCUGCGUGUACUCGGCCAUUGCCCUCUCAUUCUGGCAAGGAUUCCGAAUGUAUCAAAGCGGGGAAAUUGCAAAUGUUGGCGAAGUCUUCACGGUUGUGCUAUCGGUGACAAUUGCUGCAACGGCGGUUUCAAGUAUCGCACCACAAAUGCAAGCUAUUACCAACGCGUCAUCCGCUGCUUCAGAACUGUUCAGCGUCGUCGACAAGCCAUCACUGCUGGAUCCUCUCAACCCUGCCGGUGUCCAGCCAUCCUCAUGUGGAGGCCACAUCGAAAUUACGGGCUUGGAGUUUGCUUACCCAUCCCGCCCAGCGGCUCAGGUUCUGCGUGGAUUGACCAUUAGUAUUCCCGCCGGUAAGACCACGGCUCUAGUAGGAGCGUCGGGUUGUGGGAAAAGCACACUUGUCGGGCUUCUUGAACGGUGGUAUCUCCCCACUGCAGGUCAUAUUACUCUUGACGGAAUAGAGUUGGAUGAAUACAACGUCAAAUGGUUGAGAAGCCAGAUUCGUCUUGUGCAACAAGAGCCAGUGUUAUUCCGCGGAACGGUCUUUGAGAAUGUCGCUAAGGGGUUUCUCGACGAGCAACGAAACCUUCCCCACGAUAAACAGAUGGAAUUGGUCCGAGAAGCCUGCAAAGCCAGUAAUGCUGAUGACUUCAUCAAUGAACUUCCCGAAGGGUACGACACCCAAGUGGGUGAACGGGCCGGGACACUCAGUGGAGGUCAAAGACAGCGAAUUGCCAUUGCUCGCAGCAUCAUUUCAGACCCCAAGAUCCUUCUUCUCGACGAGGCCACGAGCGCUCUUGACCCGAAGGCCGAGCGACUUGUGCAGGAUGCCUUGAAUCGGGUGUCAGAGGACCGAACGACGUUGGUCAUUGCACACAAAUUGGCCACUGUGAAGGCAGCCGACAAUAUCGCCGUCAUGUCCUAUGGACGGAUAGUCGAACAAGGCACCCAUCAACAGCUGAUCGAUCUGGACGGUCACUAUGCAGGUCUGGUGCGCGCUCAAGAUCUUGGUGCCGCAGAACAGCACGAGGCUAGCAAGCUUUUGAGUGAGAAAGAGACACUUGAUGUGAAAGGGGACCGACUAGCGAUCCAACGGACCUUGACCGCAGCGACAUCUAAUGGAGGUGACGCGGAAGGGCAGACGAAAUCCAUCGGCACUCUCGACUAUUCACUCUUGCGAUGCAUUUUCAUCAUGUUCUAUGAGCAGAAGUCGUUGUACUGGUGCUUCAUGGUGACGACUGUGGCUUGCUUCAUUGGCGGCGGCACCUACCCAGCCCAGGCUGUUCUCUUUUCCAAGCUCCUGACUAUCUUCCAGUUGACUGGCAAGCAAGCCCGAGAUCGAGCAGAUUUCUAUUCAUUAAUGUUCUUCGUCGUCGCGAUUGGAAACCUGGUAGCUUAUUUUACCAUCGGGUGGAUCUGUAACAUCAUCGCACAGACAGUCACUCACCGAUAUCGCACGGAGAUGUUCAAACGUGUCCUUGAGCAGGACAUUGAGUUUUUCGACCUUCCGGACAACACGUCAGGCGCCUUGACCUCGAAGCUCUCUACACUUCCAAACCAACUACAAGAGCUGAUUGCGUUCAACAUCAUGCUCAUCUUGAUUGUGUGUGUUAACGUGGUGUCUAGCAGUAUUUUGGCCUUGGCUUAUGGUUGGAAGCUGGGUCUGGUUGUGGUAUUUGGGGCACUCCCACCACUGCUGCUGUCUGGUUAUCUUCGCAUACGGCUGGAAACGAAGCUUGAGGCGGACGUCGGGGACAAAUUUGCAGAAAGUGCCGGGCUGGCCAACGAAGCUGUGUCGUCGAUCAGAACUGUGGCUUCCUUGACGCUUGAAACCCAUAUCCUGGAGGAAUACUCGCAGAUGCUCAGCAAUAUGGUCCUGAAGUCGACCCGGGCAUUAGUGUGGACCAUGUUCUGGUUCUCCCUGUCGCAGUCCAUCGUGUUUCUGGCCAUGGCACUGGGUUUCUGGUACGGGAGUCGCCUGUUGGCGUCAGGGGAGUAUACCACAGGACAGUUCUAUACCAUCUUCAUCGGGGUUCUCUUCGCAGGGCAAGCAGCGGGCGAAUUCUUUGGGUAUACCACGUCCAUCACUAAAGCACGAAGCGCGGCCAACUAUAUACUGUGGCUGAGGACCUUACAACCGACGAUCAGGGAGACGGACACCAACCAAGCCAAUGGGCCCGAAGGAGAUGGACCAGUUGAUCUUGAGGAUGUCGAGUUCCGCUACCGUCAAAGAGAGACCUCGCGGGUCAUUCGAGGCAUCUCUAUGAGCAUCAAGCCGGGGCAAUUUGCCGCUUUCGUGGGAGCAUCCGGCUGCGGCAAGUCAACGCUGGUUGCGCUCCUCGAAAGAUUCUAUGACCCAACCUCGGGCCGAAUCUGUUUCUCCCACAAGGACAUUGCGGUCAUGACGCCCCGGCUCUACCGUGGACACAUGUCUCUCGUGCAACAGGAACCCACCUUGUACCAGGGGUCUGUGAGUGAGAAUGUUUCUCUCGGCCUCGACUUCGAACCCUCGGAGGAACAGAUCCGCGAAGCAUGUCGGAAAGCCAACGCUCUCGACUUUGUGAUUUCGCUGCCCGAAGGGUUUGACACGCCGUGCGGGUCUCGAGGCACGCAGCUCUCGGGCGGGCAGCGACAGCGCAUUGCCAUCGCGAGAGCCCUGAUCCGGAACCCCAAACUCCUCCUGCUGGACGAGGCCACCAGUGCUCUAGACACCUUGUCGGAAAAGCUGGUGCAGGCUGCUCUGGACGAGGCGGCCAUGUCCCGGACGACGAUUGCGGUGGCGCACCGCUUGUCGACCAUCCGCGAGGCUGACGUGAUAUUUGUGAUUGCGAAUGGCAAGAUCGCGGAGAUGGGGACGCACACCGAGUUGCAGCAGUUGAAGGGCCGUUACUACGACAUGUGUUUGGCGCAGUCGCUAGACAGGGCGUAA